AUGCUCGUCACUGUUGGGAUGGGGAAGCCCGCGACACCGCAAAUGAAGGUCCACGAGCUGCUCAAGAACAUCCCUGACGGCUUCUCCGCCGUCGCCAUCGCGGACCCAGAGCAGACGCUCAAGCUCCGGAUCGCGCUUGUGCAGAGCAACUUCGCGGAGCUCGAACGCAGGCUGUAUGACGUGUCGACGCCAUCGAGCACGAACUAUGGAAAAUACCUGUCCAAGGCCGAAGUACAGGGCCUCGUAGCUCCGAAACAGGACAGCGUCGAAGCGGUGGACGCGUGGAUGAAGGAAAGCGGACUCACGGCCACCAGUGUGUCGUCGACCGGGGAGUGGAUCUCAUUUGAGGUUCCCGUGCGCAAGGCGAACGAGCUCUUCGACGCGAACUUCACCGUUUUCGAGAAUGCCGACUUGGAGUACGAGGUCGUUCGCACGCUCUCAUACUCUAUCCCCGUAGAGCUCGAGGGCCAUCUCGACCUCGUGCAUCCUACAGUCACGUCAGUUGUGACGUUUCUCAACAAUCACCCCGCCUGCCUCCAAGCGCUCUACGGCAUCCCCACGACACCCGCGACUCAGUACUCGAACAGGCUGGCCGUCACUGGGUUCAUCAAACAGUAUGCGAAUACCGCAGACCUGGAGACUUUCCUGUCGAAGUUUCGUCCCGACAUGCCUUCGUCAACCACGUUCACUCUUGAUACCAUUGACGGUGGCUCGAAUCCACAGCAGGGUUCUCAGGCCGGCACCGAGGCCAAUUUGGACAUCCAGUAUACCGUCGGUAUGGCCACGAAUGUGCCCACUCUGUUCAUCUCGGUCGGAGAGGACACCCAAGACGGCGGUUUGGAGGGUUUCCUCGACGUCGUCAACUUCUUGUUGGAGAUGGACAGCCCGCCGCAGGUGUUAACCACCAGCUACGGCCAGAACGAGGAUACGAUGUCGAGGAACCUGGCUAAAUUUGGUAGCAACCUCUGCAACGCGUACGCCCAGCUUGGUGCCCGUGGUACCUCAAUCCUUUUCUCCUCCGGCGACGGCGGCGUGGGCGGCUCGCACCCCUCCGUGUGCUUCAACUUUGUGCCCACCUUCCCUUCAGGAUGCCCCUUCUUGACCUCCGUCGGCGCCACACAGGGCACGUCUCCAGAGACUGCUGCGUACUUCUCCUCCGGCGGGUUCUCCAACUACUUCCCGACACCCGAGUACCAAGCCGACGACGUCGCGGACUACCUCGCCGCGCUCGGGAGCGACACCUACGCCGGGCGGUUCAACGCCUCCGGGCGCGCGUUCCCCGACGUCGCCGCACAGGGCGUGGACUUUGAGAUCGUCGUCGACGGCAAGACGGAGGCGGUCUCCGGCACGUCGUGCUCUUCCCCGCUCUACGCGUCGGUGAUCAGCCUGGUUAACGACCGGCUCAUCGCGGCCAGGGAGAGCCCGAUGGGCUUCCUCAACCCGUUCCUCUACUCCGCCGCAGGCAGGGCGGCGCUCACGGACAUCACCUCUGGGUCGAAUCCCGGCUGCCUGUCGAGCGGAUUCCCGGCCAGAGCGGGAUGGGACCCCGUCACUGGCCUUGGGACCCCGGACUUCGACAGGCUGUUGGCGGCUGUUGGUCUUUGA